UGUGGAAUUUUUUAAAAAGUCAUGUCUAAUGACUCGAUGACCCAAUUCAAAUCAACACAUUAAUCGUUGAGUUGUUUAGGAUUUGACAUAAAAAAAUACGAAUUUUAUACUCAAUCCAAACAAUUAAAUUUGAUUGGGUUGGUUACGAGUUUGACUAAAAUUGGUUCAACCCAACCCGUGAACACUCUUAGUUGCACGAUUUAGUUUUCAUUCAUUCUAAGGUUUCGUUUGCCCCUACUUAUUUUUCACGAUCUAGUUGUCAAAGUCUCGAUUUUUGCAGCAUCUAUAUCUUCAAAACGCGAAGUUUCUGAAUGAUCAUAUGUUCGCGGAGUUCUGUGUAUUUCUUGGUAAUUUGGUGUCUAUAAACGUCAGUGGUUGUCGCAAGCUGUCCAAUUCAGCCUUGUUUGCAAUCCUUAGGAACUCGCCUUUGUUGAGUGAGAUCAGAAUGGAAUCAACAGGAAUCGGAAUUGGUUCCAUACCGUGGUUGGAUUUGGUUAUAUACCAUCAACUGAAGUCUCUCCAUUUGGCUGACAAUUCAUAUUUGCGAGAUGAAGUUAUCUAUAUGUUUGCUUUCAUGUUUCCUAAUAUGCAACUUCUUGAUUUGAGCUCUUGUUGUGGCAUAUCUGAAGAUAUUAUUAGUGAAGUGUUAAAGAAAUGUCCUAAGAUUCAGCGUUUGAACUUAGCUUUCUGCCCGCAACCUAAGCUGCAGCAACUGGACUUGGAGCGUUGCUAUGGUAUCACGGAGAAAGGAGUGAGGCUACUGGUAGAAAACUGCACACACCUGAGAGAGAUUAAUUUGCGAUAUUGUUGUGAAUUGUCUACUAAUUUUGUUGCUUGGAUGAUAUUUUCGAGGCCAUCAUUGAGAAAAAGAAUGGCUCCGCCUCAUUUUCGUGCCUGUGAUGAUGAUGGGAAGCUGCUCUUUAGGCGAUGUCUUGUUUGCUAGUAUUAUGAAAGUGCUUUGUUCGAGUGUAAGAUUUUUAUGCUUCAAAUGUUACUUCUUUGAGGGUAUGUUUUUUUUGUUGAAAUUGAAAAUGUGAACUUCCUAUGUAUGAAUAAUAACAUCUUGUUGACCAAUAGACAUUUAA